CACAGGCAUGAGGGAGCCCCGGGACUUAAAGCAGCAGCACUCGAGCGAGCAAUAAUAUAAUAAACUUGACUUAAUGGCUAAUUGUAGCUCUACAAUAUGAUGGAAGAUGGGACAGGAGGAAAGGGUUUAUUUUGCUUAUUGAGGUGAAGGCUAGGGUUAAAUUUAGGCGUUGUCUCAGGGAAGGUCCUCACAAAGCUAGUAAGGCGUGUGUGUGAGAGAGAGAUAUGAUUUCCUCGCCCUAAGUAAACAGAAGCUGUUUGUCAGCAGUGUAACAGCACUAAACACUCCAGGAAGCGAUGACAGCGUUUCCUUCAUAAGGAAGGAGAAGAAGAGCACACACACACUGCCUCGCUUUCUGCCCAGAGAGAUAAAGCGAUAGUGACAAAUAAUCAGGAGACAGGAAGCGGAAAACAUGGAGAAACAGGCGUGUUCCGGCUCCGAGAAUCCCGCGAUACCGCCGGUACCAAGAAAACCGCGGACUUUAGGAGUAAACAUCGCGGCUCGACAAGACAGCAGCGACUCUGUGGACAGCCCCACAAGCUCUCAUGUUGAAUGGUGUAAACAGCUGAUCGCUGCCACAAUCUCCAGCCAGAUCUCCAGCUCUGCUAUUCCUGAGGUUGUGAGCCGUGACUCCAAACAGAUUGGUUGGAAGCUAGAGCAUAGGGUAUCCAGGAGGCCUAAUUUGAGGCAAGCAUUUAAAGACAUGCAGAAGCCAGUUCUCAUGGACGAAGUUCCACUCAUCCCUGGGGAGAGCAUUAAAAUAACUGCUAAAGAUGUGAUGUAUAUCUGUCCGUUCACUGGAGCCGUGACGGGCACGCUCACCAUCACCGACUACAAGCUGUACUUCGUCAGUCUUGAGCGGGACCAUCCCUUUGUGCUGAAUGUGAAUUUGGGGGUGAUAAGCCGGUUGGAGACCAUCAGUGUUCAGAGUCAUGGAGAGAACACACAUGGGAUGGAGAUUGUCUGCAAGGACAUGAGGAGUCCAAGGUUUGCCUAUAAUAAAGAUGAACAGAGUAAACUGGAAAUUGGGGAGACACUUACCAAGUGCACCUUCCCACUGUCCAAUGAUCUGCCCCUGUUUGCUUUCCACUACACGGAAAGGUAUCCAGUAGAUGGAUGGAAGGUUUAUGACCCAGUAUCCGAGUACAAGAGAAUGGGUCUGCCCAAUGAAAGUUGGACUAUCAGUAAGAUAAACAGCAACUAUGAAGUGUGCGACACAUAUCCUGCUUUCCUGGUCAUUCCAACUAGUAUCAAAGAUGACGAGCUGAAAAGAGUAGCAGCUUUCAGGGCCAAGCAUCGUAUACCGGUCCUCUCUUGGAUCCAUCCUGAGAGUCAGGCCACAAUUGUGCGCUGCAGUCAGCCGCUGGUGGGCCCCUCAGACCGCCGCUGCAAAGAGGACGAGCGCUACCUGCAGACCAUCAUGGACGCCAACGCACAGUCACAUAAGCUGACCAUAUUCGAUGCGAGGCAGAGCAGUGUCGCUGACACUAAUAAGGCUAAAGAUGGUGGCUAUGAGAGUGAAAGUUUUUAUCCAAAUGCGGAGAUAAAUUUCCUGGAGAUUCCCAACAUCCAUGUGAUGCGAGAGUCUCUGCGAAAGCUGAAGGAGGUGGUCUAUCCCACCAUAGAUGAAUUCCACUGGCAUUCUGCCAUAGAUGCCACGCACUGGCUGGAGUACAUUAAGUUGUUAUUAGCAGGUGCAGUGCGUAUAGCAGAUAAGGUUGAAGGCAGUAAAAGCUCAGUCGUGGUGCACUGCAGUGACGGCUGGGACCGUACAGCUCAGCUCACCUCUCUGGCCAUGCUGAUGCUGGACUCGUACUACCGCACACUCAAGGGCUUCCAGGUGCUGAUCGAGAAGGAGUGGAUCAGCUUCGGGCACAAGUUCGCCUCGCGUGUUGGUCAUGGAGAUGAGAAUCACGCCAACUCUGAACGAUCCCCUCUCUUUGUGCAGUUCAUCGACUGUGUGUGGCAGAUGAUGAGACAGUUUCCUUCUGCCUUUGAGUUCAACGAAGUUUUUCUCAUUACCAUCCUGGAUCACCUCUACAGCUGCCUGUUUGGUACAUUCCUCUACAACAGUGAGCAGGAGAGAAUGGAAAAGGAAGUCCAGAGUAAAACGAUAUCGCUGUGGUCCUACAUUAACAGUCAGCCGGAGGACUUUACUAACCCGUUCUACGUGGACUAUAAAAACCAGGUCCUGUAUCCACUGGCCAACCUCAGACAUCUGGAUCUCUGGGUGGGUUACUAUGUACGAUGGAACCCGCGCAUGAGACCACAGAUGCCGGUCCAUCAGAAUUUGAAGGAGUUAUUAUUUUUGCGUGCUGAGCUGCAGAAGAAAGUGGAGGAGCUCCAGAGAGAGGCAACGUUAUCAAACUCCAUCUCCUCAUCUUCGGAACAUGCUUCUUCUUCUUCGCACGGCGGUACACCACUUCACACUGCCGUCUAAACACACACACUUGCACAAUACAUGUUGAAGAGCACAUACUGCUUUUAUUCAGUGAAUACACUCUCAGGCACAAAUAGGGAGUGGAUGAGAAGGAAGUGGGCGCGCGCACACACACACACAGUCAUUCAUGUUUGUUUGCAUUUUUUUUUUUUACUGUAGAGAAGUAACCUAGUUUCACAUUUUAUAAAUCUUUUUUUAUAUAAACUGUGAACCUGUAUCUUGUAAUGAGUCAGCAUGUCGUCAGCAUGAAUUCAUAGUAUUCAGUAUCUAGUAUUUGAGCUGUAAAUAUGAGGAGAAAAAAAUGUAUUAAUAUAUUUGUACUUGCAUGUUCAUCUUUCCCUGUGGUCUCAUUUGUUCCUCUGUAGCAACUCCUCCUUUUCAUGUUUUAACAUUUAAGUUGCUAAAAACUGCACUCAGUUCUUUUCUCCAAAGUGAAUCAUUCUUCUAUUUUUAUAUUUUAUUCGUGACGUUCCAUUUUACAUCAUGACGUUUUGUCAUCACACUGAACCUUAAAGUGCCAUUCCAUCAUUGGAUGUAUU